AUGCCUUCCAUCAACUCGAACAACGGAAACCCCGGCUCUACUGACGACAAGCCUUCCGCUCCUGUCUUCUUUGGACCAGAGCGCCCUCCUCAUGGGCCUGCUUCACAGGCGGCAGCAGACGCCGCGCAGGCCUCAAAGGAGAAGGAAGAGGACCCUCUUGUCGUGAAGGAAGACGACCCUCUUUGCGUCGCACUCCGGGAAAUGAUGAAAUCAGGAGGGAUGGGCCCGGGGGGUUUCGUUGUGGGAGUCUAG